UGCGCGCGCACCUUUUCAAAACAUUUGUGUCAAUUUUAUCCCAUUUUCGAGCUAUUUUUAGGUUUCCGUAAAUUGUUUUCGCUUGUGAGUAUAGAAAAGAAAUGAUGUCAAAUCUCCGCGGCGUUUCGCCCUUAUCCGAAGCAAUGUCUGAUACAUUAGAAAGAAACCGUGGCGAGAAAGCGCUUCUUACAAAAACUCCAUCGCAAAGUCAAGUAUUUUUACAUAAAACGACUACGAACAGUGCUAAAAACUAUUCUGAUAAGAAUGGGAACGAUGUGACGAAGACUAUCCAUAAAGGAAGGCGUACAUUUGCGUUCUGGACCCUCGUUUGUCUGUUAUUUGUGUUGGCUAUUGGAAAUUUGGUUUUGACUUUUACUAUUCUCGCGGUUUUGAGGCUUGGUCAAGGCCUGGAAAGCAUGGAAUUCCUUCCAGAACAUAAUGCGAUGAAGUUCUUUGGUACAGCUGACCUGGACCAUGUGUAUAAGAGAGAUGGCCUCAUAGAGAGCUUCCGAGACACACCCAUGAGUAUUACCAGCGACAAUGGAUCUGUGCUGUUUAACUUACAGACAAGAUUAUCCAGAGCUGAUACAAAACUCGUGGUAAACGCAUCAGGUGUCUUUGUACGAGGCGUCAAUUCCCUGGAGCUGUCAGACCCUGACUCCGGCGAGCAAGUGUUCAGCACUGCCAGCCCCAUGCUCACACUAGGAGACACACUGAACAACCUCAAUGCUAAGCAAGUAGCAACCAAGCGCAUCUCGUCACCAGUAGACGAAGACCUGACCUUCAGGUCCGAAGCGUCAGCUCACCUCCGUGGAGCAGAAGGCACUCAUAUGGAAUCCAAGGAACUGUUCUGGAAAGCCGACCAGGAUAUCUACCUAAAAUCCAUCAAUGGUUCCGUGGUAUUGAGCGGCAAAGAAGGAGUCUUUAUCGAUGUCAGAUACCUACCAAUAGCUUUGCCCUUGAAUAAAUCAGAAAAGUUCCACGGUACAGGCCAGUUCAAAGUGUGUGUCUGUAUGCCUCAAGGCAAGCUGUUCCGCAUAGCUGUCCCAAACGGACAGAAAGUUACGUGUUCUCAUGUGAAUAUGACGGAUGAUUUGAAUCCCUGCGCGUAAAACUUGGUUGAAUCCAUUUAUAUCAGUGUGAUCACAAGUUUUAUGUAAAAGCAGUGUA